AUGGACAUCAAAUCAUCGUCAGAGAAAAAGUUAGAAAAUUCUAUUAAUAACAAGGAAAUUAUUUUAUAUAAUUAUGAAAAUUUUAAUGAUGUGAAAAAAAUUGGUUCUGGAGCAGCUGCUUCGGUUUAUUAUGCAGUUUAUUAUGCAAAUUGGAAAAGUACAGUAUUUGCAAUUAAAAAAUUUCACGAAUUAUCAAACAUGAAAGAAAUUAUUAAUGAGAUUGAUAUAAUGAAAAAUGUCCGUCAUCCUAAUAUUAUUAGACUUUGCGGAGUUACAAAAACCGAAGUCUAUUAUACUAAACAUUUGGCUGGUGUGGUACCUUAUAUGGAUCCUAACUUUUUUAAUAAUAACUAUAAAUUAACAAAAGAGUGUGACAUAUAUAGUCUGGGUGUAUUAUUCUGGGAAUUAACAAGUCGUUCACCCCCUUUCGAUUCUGAAAAUAAUUUUACCAUAGAAAUAGAAAUUUUUUGCGGUAAAAGAGAGGAACCUAUUCCACAUACAAAUUAUAAAUUUGUUAAACUUUAUCAAGAAUGUUGGAAACUUGAACAAUAUAAAAGACCUAAUAUUCAAAAAGUUCUUUCAGAACUUAAUCAAAUUGCUACAGAAAAUAAUAAUGCAUUUUCUAUUACAGAUAGCGACGACGAAAAUGGAUUUCAUAAAGAAACGAAUCAAAACGACAAUGUUCAAUUUGUCUUGAAAAAUGAAUCAGAAAAUCCAAAUGAAAAUUUAUUAACAACGUUUUUUAUUAAAUCUAGUCAGGUUUUUGAGGAUUCUGACAAUGAAUCAAAUGAUUUUGAAGAACAACAAUUAGAAGCUGAAGAAGAUAAAAUAAUUCUUCUUGGAUUAAGUUCUUUAUUAGAUUCUCGUCAUUUAGAACUAUAG